AUGGGCUUGAGUGUCCUGUCCAGAGCUGGCGUGGGCCUCCGGAGCCCCGCGGUACGAGCGGUUAUUUCCGGUCUUUGGAGAGCGAAAUGCUUCAGUUCCGGAAAAGAGCCGGCAGAAAACAGCCCGGUGACUCCGAUGCUCCGGCAUCUUACAUACAAAAUCAAGUCUACUGGCCCCAUCACGGUGGCGGAAUACAUGAAGGAAGUCUUGACGAACCCAGCCAAGGGAUAUUAUGUGCACCAUGACAUGUUAGGAGAAAAAGGAGAUUUCAUUACUUCACCUGAAAUAAGUCAGAUCUUUGGGGAGUUAAUAGGGAUAUGGUUCAUUAGUGAAUGGAUGGCCACUGGAAAAAGCUCUCCUUUCCAACUGGUAGAACUGGGUCCAGGUAGGGGUACCCUCACUGGAGAUAUUUUGAGGGUGUUCAGCCAGCUUGGAUCUGUGCUGAAAAACAGUGACAUUUCCAUCCAUCUGGUAGAGGUCAGCCAAAAAUUAAGUGAGAUCCAAGCAAUGACACUGACUGAAGAGAAAAUCCCCUUGGAGCAAAAUGCUGGAUCCCCAGUAUAUAUGAAAGGGGUUUCUAAGUCUGGGAUUCCAAUUUCCUGGUACCGAGAUCUGCAGGAUAUCCCAAAGGGGUACAGCUUUUAUCUUGCACAUGAAUUUUUUGAUGUUCUUCCUGUGCAUAAAUUUCAGAAAACACCACAAGGAUGGCGAGAAAUAUUAAUUGAUAUUGAUCCUGAAGUUUCUGAUAAACUGAGAUUUGUUUUGGCACCUUGUGCCACUCCAGCAGAAGCAUUCAUACAAAGUGAUGAAACACGGUCUCAUGUGGAAGUGUGUCCUGACGCUGGUGUUAUCAUUCAGGAGCUUUCUCAACGCAUUGCACUUACUGGAGGCGCCGCACUGAUUGCCGAUUAUGGUCAUGAUGGAACCAAGACUGAUACCUUCCGAGGCUUUUGUGGGCACAAGCUCCACGAUGUCUUAAUUGCUCCUGGAACCGCAGACCUAACAGCUGAUGUGGACUUCAGUUACUUGCGCAGAAUGGCCCAGGAAAAAGUGGCCUCCCUGGGUCCAAUAAAACAACACAUGUUUUUAAAAAACAUGGGUAUUGAUGUCCGGCUGAAGGUUCUUUUAGAUAAUUCAGAUAAGCCAUCUGUAAGGCAGCAGUUACUUCAGGGGUAUGAUAUGUUAAUGAACCCUAAGAAGAUGGGAGAAAGAUUUCAUUUUUUUGCCAUGGUACCUCAUAAGAGACUUUCUGAUAAAAGUCAUCUGAAGAAUGCACGUCAGUCAAAACCAUCCCCAGCACCUAUAGCUGGGUUUGAUGAACUUGUUUGGAAGUGACAUUUCACCUUGGACAUUUUACUCCUCAUUCUGCCUAGUAAAUCAAAGUAAAGGGAUUGCAUUCCAUA